AUGAGCAAGGAUAGUAAAUCUUUAGUUAGAAGAAGACAAGGUAAUUCCCUUCACAGUGACGUCUUCUUCUAG